AUGUGACUAUUGAAUACGACUGUUGAAAUGAUACGCGACAGAUAGAACCAUUAAUUCGUGCGAACAAUCCUUAAUAAGCCUGUGGCAUCUGUGUAAGUAUGUUUCAUUUUCUUCUGUUACUUUGACAAGUGUCACAGUAAAUCAAAAAAUUGCAAUGUAAGAUGAAUGUUUAAUGGUGCGACGUUUCAUGCAGACUGUGUUUACCUUAAAUAUUUUGUCUUUUCACUUGGCAAGGGAAUUUAAACUGUCCUCCAUUAUUUAUUUUUGUCAAAUUUCUGCCUCUGGUCUGAUACUGGUACUAACACAAGGUUGUAGUGAGUUGAAACAUUAGCCGCUACUUUGAACAUGACCCUGAUAACCAAAUGCCCACAAAGCCAAAUGCUAUGUUGUAAAACCACCAAAUGAUGAUGACUAGACAUUUCUAAAAGCAGACUUUGGAGAUAAGCAGGCCGUCUCUUUCCUCCAAUUCACGUCUUGCGUAUGCUGGUUUAGUCAAUAUCAUUGUCACAUGGGGUUCCGACCACAUAUACAGAAUCUCUCUCUCUCUCUUUUUUUUUUUUUACAAAAAAAUAAAAAAUUCCAUUGGUUGUAUGUACAAUUUAAGAUCAACAAUCCGUAUAAAAAUGCGCGCACACAUCUUCCAGAAAAAGCUGAAAAGAAUGUGGAAACUCACAUACCUUAUGGGAAAUGAACGUUUUAGCUAAAACUUGUCUGAAAUAUAUUAUUUGUCCCUUUUUAACAACCAUCAUCCGGUUAUGGGUUUCCCUUCCACUGACUUCCUUAAUAUUAAAGAAUUCACUUUUUAACCGAUAUGGCGAUAAACCACCAAUGUCAAGCUUUAGGACACAUAGCAGUCAGCUCUCCUACACUCCUACACACUCUUUCCUAUACUUACACACCCACAGGCACACAAACACACGCGCACACACGCAAGCGCGCACACGCAGCUUGAAAAUCUGUCAAUUUCUACCGCGUGGUCACGUGACCUCCUCCUCCGUGGAGUGGAUGGAGAUGGUUCUCCACGUCAGCUUACGUCUCCAAAUUUCUGCUUAGCGAACCUGCUUCAAAGAGGCAGGAGGCACGGCGCUUCAGAGCCAUGUUCAGGGCGGUUAUAGAGGAAUCAAAUCCUAACAUAGAGUUAUAGAAGAGAGUGAACUACGAUGAUGGAUUUUGACGAAAGGGUCCCCGUCGGAUCUAACAUGUAUUUGCCUAGUUGCACUUAUUACGUGUCGGCGGGGGCUGAUUUCUCCGGUCUUCCCUCGUUUUUAUCUCAGACCCCGUCCACCCGCCCCAUGACAUACUCCUACUCCUCUAACCUGCCGCAGGUCCAACCCGUCAGAGAGGUGACGUUCAGGGACUAUGCAGCUAUUGACGCGUCCGGUAAAUGGCCGCACCGGGGGAACUUACCCCAGUGUUACCCCAGCGCGGAGGACAUGGUGCACCGGGACUGUCUGUCGGCACAAAGCGCCGUCGUUGGGGACAUGUUUGGUAAAAACAGUCCCGCAGCCGCCGCUGCCGCGUACCACCACCACCACCACCACCAUACAAGCGCUGGCUCCGCUGCCACCAAUUUCUACGGAAAUGUGGGCAGAAAUGGAGUGUUGCCACAGGCUUUCGACCAGUUUUACGAGACGGCGUACGGGAACGCAUCGGAGAGCUCGUCCACAAAUGGCUACUCAGGGGAAAAAACGGCGACUAAGCCGCUCAGCUCUGCGCCGGAGGAAGAACCCUCAUGCCGGGACACCGAGGCAAAGGAGCAGCGGGAUGAGACAAGCAGCCCGGAGUUAUCUUCCGGCAACAAUGAGGAGAAAUCCAGCAGCAGCAGUGGACAGAGGACCCGCAAGAAAAGGUGUCCAUAUUCCAAAUAUCAGAUCAGAGAACUUGAACGAGAAUUCUUUUUCAGUGUGUACAUAAAUAAGGAGAAACGGCUGCAACUGUCUCGGAUGCUCAAUCUAACCGACCGACAAGUAAAGAUUUGGUUUCAGAACCGUCGCAUGAAGGAGAAGAAACUGAACAGAGACAGAUUACAAUAUUACACGUCCAAUCCUCUGCUUUAGGGAUCAGAUCAACACCGCAGCUCCAGUGCUCUGCUGGGACUGGCUACGUUUACAGACAGACUGACUCUGCGGCUGUGACUCUCUGUGUACAGUGUGUACCACAAUGGCCACGGCAUCAGAAACGACGCUGCUCAAUGGUUAAUUUCAAGUUCGAGGACAACAGUAUUCUCUGAUAUGAAAUCCAGCAAGAGCGAUCUUGAAUUAAGACCGUCUUAGGGCUUUGUUUCCCUCCCCAGUCUCCGAUGUAUGGAAAUAAUGAUUUUUGUCCUCUCUAAAAGCUGUAUGCUUGCAAGGCCCUUGUUAAUAGUAUGACUCACAGACGCCUUGUUUAUUUUCCUUUCACGCAGUCAAAAAAACAAAAAACAAAAACAAGUUAUCAUUAAUUGACUGAUUAUGUGUAUUUUGUAAUCAAAAGCUUUACUUGAUUUUAUUUCUGUUUUUAAAAUCAGAAAAGUGCUGCAUUUAGGAUGGCGGCGAACGCGUGACUUUGAAUAGUCUAACCUGUAUUGGUGUGACCAAAUAAUGAAUCCGAACGGAUGAGAGUAAUGUGUUUCUGUUUUGUGUGCUUAUUUAUUUUGUAGCCAGUCGUUCACUAUCUCCUUUAAUGCCACGGCUAUCCAAGUCAUAGGCCUUUAUUACAGGCUGUUGGGGUUUCAUGAUGAGUCUGAGCUGACCUCAAAAGAAGCUUUUGUCUCCUCUCUUGUAUCUAUAGCUUGCGUAUCUUUCAAUACCCAAACUCAUGUUGUUCUUUUGGUUUUCGAAUACUAUCAGUUGAUUAUUGAUAACGCAGGCCACACCAGGAGAUAAGCUUGUCCACUGGAUCCGUGUGGAGUUGCACUGAGGUACACGCCCAACAUAUUCACACAGGUAAACCACAUAUGCAGCGGGCCUCUUCGGUCUGAAACUGGCAAAUUAUUUUCACAAUUCUUAAUCCAUGGGCACUUGCGGUCUAAGGUGAUUGUAAAAAGCUACAUUAUCAAGUGUGCUGUCAGGGCAGCGUUGGUCAGGGUCAUCGCAUUGAAUCAAUUGCUUGGUAUGCCCAAACUGUUGUGUAUUAUACUAUAUUUCCAAAUAAAAACAAAUGAAAAUAUCAAUGAAAAAA